GCCCGGAGCCCUCAGGCUGGAUGCAACGCCUCCAGGGCUCAACGCCUUCCAGCAGGGCUGGCCUUUCCUCUAGGGAAACGGUGCACAGAGACACCUGAAGGAGCAGCUUGGUCAGCACUGUAUAAAGACGGCUGAGGAAUGGUCAUAGGCCAUCAUGUUGGAGUAGAACAUUUACAAGACACUCACCUAGGAAACACCUGCUCAGGGAGUUUGGCUUCACAGAAAAAGCUCUUCCUCUGCUCUCAAUGGAACAUACCCAGUCUUUGCCAGAAGCUGGGAUUGAAACUAAGGGGCAAUUUCCAGCACCAGAAAACAUCUCUCAGCACAUGUUAAUUGCAGCAUUGAAGGCAAAUAUUAGGGUGACUGAACAAGGACUGGGUCUCAUCAUCAUACAGAAUGGACCAUAUCUCCAGAUAACAAGCCUUGUUGAGAAAAGCUCUGCAGCUAAAGAUGGAAAGCUAAAACCAGCACAAGUGAAGAUGAUGAGGAUGAAGAUGACACCAGAUCGAGUAGUGGUGAUGAUGAUGUAGACUUGGAAACUUUUCAGUAUAUAUCUCCCCCGCUGUACAGCUGUGAGUUCAUCCAUCAGUUACCAUCAAUAUCCAAAAUUUGGCAGGUAUCUGAUAUGGGCCAGUCACUUAGAAUGGGCACAGGCACUGUUUGGGAUGCAUUGUACAAUCCUAAGUUUGUUGCAAGUGGUGUUAAAUCUCCUUCACACAGGGCUAUGGAAAACUCUGAAACCAACUCCUCUUCCUCCUGCCCUUCCUUAUCUGAGAUUCCCUAUCUGGACGAACUUGACUUUGUUUCAGAAUAGCCUGACUUCUUCAGACCCCAAAUUUCAGAAGUUGUAUGUUUUCUUUUAAUAAAUGCCUAAACUUAAAAAAAAAAUCUAAACAUCCUGAGGCACUUGAAAUUGUGUAUUAGCUAUAUAAGGUUGUUUUAGCAAUGCUCUCCCUUCCCUUUAAAACAUCUAUCAAUGCUACUUGUGAAAAAGAUAAUCAGAAACAUUACCUCUGCCAGUCUCAGAAAAGUAGCAGUUUCAAGCUCUAAAAUGGUCUAACAUCCUCAUCUGUCUUUGAAGGUAAGUUUCUUCAUUGAUAAAAGGAUGAUGCAGACAGUUUUUCAAGAACAUUUCCUAGACAUACAAGAAUACAUGGACAACUAGAGACAAUUACUGUAUUUGUCUGCAUCACAGUGGUAAUUUUUGAUAAACACUAAAAGUGUGAAAAAUUCGCACUAUGGUUUUAUCUUUUUAUCUUUAGUGUCCAGAGCCAGACUUAGCAGCAUUUUAGACUCUGUUUUCAUUAGGAAAAAAAAUCAACACAAAAUAUAUGAACUCAGCACUUUAUUUGAUGAGUGCAAGCUCACAACUACUCCAGAUUAAUUUUCUGAAAGAACUGAAUUCAUAAAUAAACAAGUUAGUAGUAAUUUCUUUAGAA